AUGGGAUCUGUAGCACGAGUGAAGAUAAACUACCAGUUUUACAGCGUCUAUGCGCUGCAGAGGUUCCUGUUCAUCCUGCGGGAAUAAUUCCACACUGCGCAUUGUACUCUCAUGUGAGGAAAAAGCGCCGGUAAUGUACAGCUGCGUAAAGAUAUAACGAAUGGGAUAAAUUGCGCAAAUACGAUUAGGCUAUGUAAAAAGACUUAUUUUUAUUUGGAUAAAUCCCCUAAACAAAAAACAAUUAAGAAAGUUUCCUUGGAGCCUAUUAGAUCUUAAUUCUAACUCCAGACAAAGAAAAGGCGCAGUGUAGUAAGUAAACAGGAGGCACCUGGAAGUUGGCUGAAAGUUUGCGCAUUGUGUGUAUGGAUAUUGGCAUUGUGUGUAAUCAUGGCGAAGUGGUUUAAUAAUUUCCCAACUCUAAAAACGGGUUCAGACCGAACCCGAUCAGCUUCAGAAUCAGGAGCGCAGACUCGGCCCAGAUCUAGUUUAAGCAGCGGAUCCGGACCCAAAUCCAGCCUGCGCAAGAAUUCAGAGAGCAGCGGAGGUGCUGGAGGUGCUGGUGGUGCUGGAGGGGUCGGAUCUCUGCUCUCCGGCAGGAACCGCAAAAACUCAGCAGUCGAACUUGGCCGAAACCACCCGAGUCCGGGUUCGGGUUCAGGCUCGGGCUCGGUCAAGGAUGGGAAGAUAUGGGAGAUCCUGAUUCCAGGUAAGAGCAAGAAGAACAGCAAGAUGGAGGGGUUUGAAGAUCACCGUACGUUGAGAACAAGUACCAUAGCAGAUGCGUACAUGAGCAGGAUGAUCAAAGUGGAUAAACAGGAGAAAUGGUCCAAAUACAGCAGCGCUGGAGCUGAAAACACAGGGAGUGACCCGGACCGACCCAAAACACCCGCAAAAACUGAGACGCUGAUUAUUCUGGAGGACUAUGCAGACCCGUUUGAUGCCGAAAAGACAAAGGAGCAGAGAGAAGCUGAACGAGAAGGAGAGAAUGAUGGAUACAUGGAGCCUUAUGAUGCCCAACUGAUUAUUACAGAGAUUCGUCGUCGAGGGUCUAAAGACCUGCUAAAAGUGUGUGUGGUGUUGAACGGAGGAGAUGGAGAAGGUUCCGGUUCCCCACAGAUCUAUGAUGUGCCAUAUGAGGAGGUUCUGGAGGGUAUCCCACUGACCCGGCCUGAAUCUGAUCCCAGACCCCCUGCAGAGUAUGAACUCCCCUGGGAGUGGAAGAAGGAGCAGAUUGUCCGAGCACUGUCAGCUCAGUUUGAGGGAGUAGAUCGAUUGUGUAAAGACGAUGGGACUCCACCCAGUGUGAAGCAGCAAACCCUGCGCUCUGUGAAGAGCUGGACGCCCAAAUCCCUGCGCCUAUCCCCCCCAUCCUCCCCAAAGACAAGCCCUGAUUCGGAGAGCCCUAAAGUGGACCCCACCGUGCCCCUUGAGCUACAGAGCUGGUAUCAUGGCAGCGUUAGUCGUCAGGAGGCUGAGGCUCAGCUGCAGAACUGUAAAGAGGCAAGCUUCCUGGUCCGAGACAGCGAAUCAGCUACCAGCAAAUACUCCAUUGCCCUCAAGACAAGUCAGGGUUGUGUGCACAUUAUCGUAGCACAGACCAAAGAAUGCGGUUACACCCUGGACCAGAGCAGCUGUGUAUUUCCUAGUAUCCCUGAGGUUGUGCACCACUACUGUACCCAACGCUUGCCCUUCACUGGAGCUGAGCACAUGACCCUGCAACACCCUGUACCCCGCACACACUGAUCAACCCCAAAUACUCACUACACACGUGUCUUGCCAGCCACAUACACUGAAACCCUUUAACACUGCACCUACUGUACCUUCAAUGCUUGACACAUACACACUCUACCAGCAUUGUGGACACUCCAGUCUUUGGAUUCUCCAGAUCACAGCCCUUUUAAGAGUUAACCAGACUUUUAGACGCUUCACCACCACACUAAGGAAUAAAAUGUUGUUCCAUCCAUUAGUGCAGUCCCAAAGAUACUUUGAUACCUUUAGACAUUUUAUGUAGAAUUUUCCCUUAGUUCGUCUGCUGUCUGUGUAUGUUUGUGUAAACAAGCGGUUGUUUAAGUGGGGUUUUAAGUAUUCUCCAAUUUAAACCACUGGCAUUAGUCAUGUACUAACUUCUAAUGACCCAAAAGGUAAAAUUUACUCCACAAGAGUUUUAGGAAUAGUGUAGAUUCUAUAGCUUUGUUUUUUUUCACACCCUGUCCUUCACACCCUGCUUUUCCUCUUUCUGGUGCCUUCUGGAACCUGUAUGGUCCUAAUCAGAGCCCUGCUGAAUGUGCCAAUGAUCCAAUGAUGCCUCUGACAGGGAAAUGCUCAUCAGCUCCCCACCGACAGCUCUGAUCACGCUAUGCAAUGAGCAUGAUCUGAUGCCAACAAGUACAAUCUGCCAGUUGGCUAAUUGUCUGUAAAACUGCCUACACUGAUGCCUGUAUAUGUGCAACGGCUAUUUCUUGGUUGGUUUAAUGCAUCUUUAAGGUUUUAUAGCUCCAGUUAAUGUAAAACUUUACUUAAAAAACCCUUAAACAGGCAAUUUUAGAUCUUUAAAAACAAAAUAUGUAUAAAAAUGGAUUUAAAACUCAGAGAUUAUUGUAGAAACACGUUUGCAUCCUGAUUCUCAUUUAAAAUACAAAAAUGAAUUAUCAUUGGAAAUCAACCAUGUUUUUUUUAACCACCUAAGUGCAUAUACGUUUCUGUGGACCUCAUUCUUAAAGCAUAUAAAUACUUGUUAACAAAUGACAUAAAUGAGCUAACAGGAAUUGACACCAUAUCUAUCUAGUCUAUUCCUGCCUUGCGCCCGGUGUUUCCACGUGACGAUGGACCCACCGCCACCCAAUGAUGGACCCACUAAAUGGGUUAAAUGAAUGAAUAAAUCAAUGAAAAGGUUUGGAAAAUGGUAUUUAGUAGGUUUUGGAGAAGUUAUGGAAAUGUUGAUGGGAUUGGUACCAAAUCAGUUAUGUGUUUUCUAUUUGAUUCACUGUGAUAAUAAAUGCCAUGGAGUAAAAAAGUGAGACAAACAGCAAACUAAAGAAAAACUAUACAUGCAAUGAGAACCCCGACUGGAGCUUAACCAGUACUGUCACUAGGCUGAAUCGUGUGGAAGCCCAUUCCCGCCACCUAGAGGAGGCAAAAAGGCAGAAGAAUGUAAAAAUUUAUUUUUUUUAAUGCAUUAAAACAGUCUUUGUCACAGAAAUAAUCUUCAAAUUUUGUCUUUAUCUCAAAAUAAGUUAAUAUGUUGAGAUAGAC